GCAGCAUUCAGGCCGGGACCCGGGCAGUGAGUGCUGGCGGAGACCGCGAUGUCGGUGCUGUUGAGCCGGAGCUCGCUGGCGCUGGUUCUGGGAGUGCGGGAAGCGGCCGUGGAGCCUGGCCGGAGCGGGAAGCAGCUGCUGGAGGAGCUGAAGGCAGAGAACGGGCGCAGUGUGUGGGACAGGCGGCUAGUGCAGGCCGUGACCGGCCUCCUGCUCCUCGGAUGGCUGGACAACUCCAUCCUGCUGCUGGGCGGGAGGACACAAGAACUGGAGGUGGUGAAGGAAGCGUGGAUCCGGAGAGCACUGAGACCACCCCGGGGAUUCCGCAUCAGAGCAAUGGGUGAUGUGUCCCCAAUACCAAUGACGCCCAUUGCGCAAUCCCAGUUUGUUUCCCUGGCCGAAGUGCUUUGCUGUGUUAUUUCCGAGAUGAAUGUGAGUCAUAAAAUUGUGACCCAGGAAGCCCUGAUGGAAUAUUUGGACAAGUGCUAUCCAGGUAUAGCUACACCUUCUCAGGAAAUUCUGCACAAUGCCCUGGGCUCGCUAAUUCAAGACAGGAAGAUUUAUCACACUGGAGAAGGCUACUUCAUUGUCACUCCAUACACCUAUUUCAUUACUGGUAACAAGGGGAAGCAGAGUCACCCAUGGAUGCUGUAUGAGGAGUGCGCCACCUCGCCUGCUCCUGUGACAUACCUGGUGAGCGUGGAGAGUUGUGAGGAGCCAGUGAAGGAGGAGAAGGUCCUUCCUGAUGAAACCCCUCACUGCAGGUCCUGUUGCUGCUUCAGCCAGCAAGAGGUGGAGAAACAGCAGCCAGAGCAGCGGCUCUCCACGGGGAGCCCAGGCCAGGGGAACUGCAGGGAGCACAAGCCAUCAGUUCAACACAGGGCCACCUCUACAUCAGUUAGGCCCCAGCGGACUGAGCUAAGCAGGGCCAAAGAGAAAGAAAAUCCCAUCCGAAAGCUUGGCCUCAGCCUAUUCCGGCGCAACACAAGGAAGGAGUGCCCCAAGAGAAUGUAUGGGACAUUCUCAGGCCAGUUCCCCCCAGAAGAAUGGCCUGUUCGUGAUGAGAGCAGCCUGGGGAACAUUCCCCGGGACGUGGAACACCAACUCAUCAAACGCAUCAAUCCUGGUCUCACUGUGGAAAACCUGGUCAGACACACUCUGCUGAUGAAGAAACUGGGCAGGGAGAAGACUGCCCCCUAUCACAGCACUAGCUCAAUGGAACAGCUGAUCAGCAAGCAGAGGCAUCACUCUAAAGGCAGCUCCCAAAAGGCACUGGCUGGACUACAGCAGCAGAGGAGAACAUGGUCCAAUAGGGAGAAGAAAAGGCUGAAGCGUAGGGGCUCACAGCAAACGAACGAGGGUCUGCCAAAGACGAGAAGUGGCCUGAGAGUGAAGGAAAUGGCCAAGCCCAGAAGGAGUGAGGGAGAACAAAUGCUGCCUGAGGAACCGAACAUGCAGCUGUGCAGGAGCAGCAACCCAACCCCACAUUUCUACAAGAAGAGAAUAAACAAUCCUUUCUCUGAGAUGUCCUCAGUCAAACAGCAUCGUGCUCAAAACAAUAGCCUGAGGAUUGAGGGGUGUCAGAGGGUGGGGAGGAGGUUACGGUCCCUAGACUCCCCCACCAGGGCAGGUUGUGCUGUCUCAGUGAAGGAGAGUGCUAAAGACAGGUUCCAACUCAAUACUGCUCACAAUCUCAGGUCAAGUGAGGCAGAUUCUAAGGACCAGCCACAGAGCCAUGCUGUUAGGGCAGAGCACCAAAACCAGGCUAACACGUGUCACCAUAUCCCCACUGACUGUCAAACCCAUGAUGACCCAAGUGAAAGCCAAACACCUGUCUCACCCACAAAUGAUCACGUUUCAAGCCACAUACAUAGUUGCACUCAAGCUGCAGGGGAAUCUCACCAACAGCAGGAGAGAGAGGAAUGUGUCAAUGUGACAAAGCAUGAGGUGAGCCAUGAAUAUGGGGAUAGUCCUGUGCCUCAAACUUGGCAAGAUCAAGCUCCCAAACAGGCACAGAACCCUGGGGAUGUGGAGAGGCUCCUGAACCAAUCUCAUCUACCCAGAGCACAACUAAUGUCUCAAGUGCAAGCCUGCCAGUCAGAAGGUGGAGCAGUCAGCCAACCAGAGGCUGAUGGGGGACAGAGUGCGACAUUUACUGAUGAUGACCAGACCCUGUACCAGAGAGAGCUGGAUGAGGAUGAUGCCUGCAGCUCACUUUACCUCAAUGAUGAUACCGAUUUCACUCAGUGCAGCCAGUUUUCUACAACCAUGCCUGGCUUUGGCUGUGCCGAUGAUGCUGGUAGUGAAGGUGUGCCAGCUGUGCUGUCCAACGAGAGCUGGGUUUUAACCAAGAUUCUGCUGCAGGAACAGCAAACUGAAAACAGUGAGUUUGGUGAGCAGCAGGUAGCCAGCUGGUUAGAAGUAAGUAAUAGAAGUUUGGGGCAAUCCAAGCCCUGUUGUGGGAAAGAGCCCCACACACAGCUUCACAGAUACCGGUCAAUGUCACAGCUGGCGUACAGGCAUCUGGAGAAAGAGGAGCAUCUAAGUGGGUGCAGUGAGCCAGACCUCCUGGUGAGCAGUAUAUUUGAUUACUGUGAUGCAACAGGUGCUGACUCUGGACCAGAGACGCUCCAAAACCUGAAGAAUGAAGGCACCAGAAACACAGCCAGCCAGGAGCUCUGGGCUGUGCAUCAAGGAAUGAAAGCUCAACUGAUGAGAAACUUGGAGCGCAACCUUGGCCUUCUUCAGCACUCCCACAAUACUGCAUUAUCACAGACAAGUCAUGAGGAAAACACCCAUCUGGAGACGCUGGAGAACCAUAGCAUUACUGGAGAUAGUGGUAUCGAUUCACCACGGACCCGAGUGAGUUUGGCAUCAAACAACUCAAUCGUUCUAGACAGCUUGAAGCGACGGAGCUUAAUGCAGAAUUAUGGAAACCUGAACAGCACUGGGCGGAGUGGGCUUUUAUCCCAGCAUCCCUUGCUGCAGCUCACCCCAGUAAUGAAUGUUUGAUUGGUGCUUCUGCCCUCUGGCCUAGGAAAGUAAAGUAUCAGAUAAACGUCAUGGCUUGCAUGUGUUCUAAAUUGUGAAUGAGUUAUAUAUUACACAGCUUUUAUAAAAAAUCUUGUAUACUUGUGGCCUUUGAAUUGUUCCCAUUUAAGGACUAAUCAUUUUUUUAUUCAUUCCUGGUAUGUGGGCGUUACUGCCAACAUCAGCAUUUAUUGCCCAUCCAGAAUUGCCCCUUUUUACCUAUUUUGGUAAUACUGAGCUGAGCCAUUUGAGGAUAGUCAAGAGUCAACUACAAUGCCAUUUGUUCAGACUGGGUAAGGACAUCAGUGAACCAGAUGGGUUUUUACAGCAAUCCAAUAAUUUCAUGGUCGCCAUUUCUGAUCCUAUUUAAUUAACAUAAGAACAAGGAGCAGGAGAAGGCAAUUGAGCCCCUCGAGUCUGCCCUGCCAUUCAAUACAAUCAUGGC